CUCCUAAAUAGAACUUGACCUCAGAAGCAUGGGUGGCUGACAGCGUACAGUGAAUGGGCGAUACAGGCUCGUAGGAUUAUGUGCUGUGCGGUGUUGUUGGACGGGACUUGAUUUCUUCUUCUUUGCUCUCAUGGAUCCUUAUCUGUUGUUCUGGAGGUCACGGGACCAGUCUUUCUUCAGUCGAGUGAAGACCUGGUUUGAUCUCCUGGAACCCUCCAACCUGCUCGCCUCUAAUCCCGAAAUACAGAAUGCGCACUCUCGCCUCACAAGUGGAGAGACACUCAACAAGAAGGAUGACUCUGAUCUGAUGCUCUCACUUGCGUCCGUCCACGCUGACUCUGGCACCGUUAUUCCGUUAAUUUUCCGCCCUCCAGCGUUAUUUCCAAUAGCAGGACCAGUGGUUGUCGCCAGCUUUUUACCACAUACACAAGUCAAAAUUGCUCUGUUCUGGCAGUUUCUGCUGCAGAGUUACAGCGCUGGGUUCAACUAUACACACAGAAAUACCUCAGCGGAGCAGCGGGGUAAGAAGUUGCCUAUGAAGGAGCUGCUGUUGAUCGCUGGGACAGUUUCAUACACGACGUGUGCAGGCGCCCUUCCUCAGAUCCUCGUUAACCGGCUGGGUGUAAGAAGCCCACCAGCCCAGAUUUUCUUGAGGUCAUGGUUACCGAUCCCACUCUCAGCUGCCUUGGCCUUCUUCAACGUGUUAACCGUGAGGAGCGACGAGGCGGACGCCGGGAUCCAAGUGUUCGACUACAGUGGGAAACCUGUCGGCAUCUCGAAAGCGGCGGGAGAAAAGGCCGUGAGGGAAACUGCGAUAUCACGAGCUUUGCUGCUCGGUGUGACCGCUGCUCUUCCUUAUAUGCUGGUUUCGCUUUUAGAAAGAACAAGAUUUUUCCAGAGGAACUCUCUGCUCGUCGCUCCCGUCCGUAACGUCAGCGGCGUGUUCGUCUUCGCCCUGAUGCUUCCCGUCUCGCUCGGCCUCUUCCCACAGCUGGGAACGAUAAAGAGGGAGAUGCUGGAGAAGGAGCUGCAGGCCGCGACCGUCAGCACAAAGUUGUUCUACCACAGAGGAGUGUGAGGAGCAGCUUCAGCUCAUCAUCGUCGUCAGAAAAACACAACGCGUGGAACAGACUCGAAAGACGAAUGAAGAGUUCGUGUGGAAUAUUUUUUAGAAACGAAGCAACACGCAGCUUUUUGGUAGUAAAUUUAUUUAACUUGAACAUUAGCUGUAUUUGUUGAUAAUAGCAAAUAUUACACCAAUUCAUGAAAAUACAUUUAGUUUCCAAAGAUACACCAACAUUUCUUCGUGUUACACUCGCCGUCUUAUCUGAAAUACUGAGGCACAAAACCAUCUGUUUGGCAACGUGGUUUUACUCAACUGUAACACAACGCUGAUAAUCAAUAAAAAAAAAGAACAAAACCUGAUCAGUGAGACAAGUAAUACAACAGAAAUCAAUGACAAUGCGUCAAUUAUUAUUAUUUCAUGACUGAUUAGGGACAUUUUUAUAAACCUCUUCUUGAAAAAUCCUCCCAGCACAAAACAGUUUGCUUGUAUUUUAGUUGUGUGUGUGUGUGUGUGUGUGGCACUAAUGUUGUUAUAAAAAAAACCUAAAUAUGAUAAAUUCGAACCUGUUGCGAAACUUCUUGCUGCAAUUGUGACCGGAUAACCACAGAGAAGCAGCUCCUAUAAACUAACUUGAUUAUAAUAAGUGCUCUUCACGUCCGGGUUGUUUCAGCUGUGCUGGCUGCAAGAAAACCCAAACAAAAACAUCUGGAAUCGGACUCUUUACGAUGAGAAAUGAACAAGGUCUGUGGUGGAAGCUUUACAGAGGUCUCCAGCUGGG